AUGCUUUCUCUCCGGACUGCACUCGCUCCAGCCCUUCGAACAGGCUUGCGCCAUCGCCUUCAGGUUCCUUUAUUGAUCUGUUGUCCCAAAAGUUUACCGACCAGGAACAUCACUCUCGAAAGGCAGCUCCCCGCUUUAUCUCCUUCUGCCUCCUUCUCUGCCGUGCGAACUACCGCAACCAUGGCUUCACUCGGGAGCUACGAGAAAAAACACAAGGUUACGGUCAUUGGAUCCGGGAACUGGGGAUCCACCAUUGCCAAGAUUGUGGCCGAGAGCACAAGAGAACACAAGGAUGUUUUUGAAGAAGAUGUGCAGAUGUGGGUGUUUGAGGAGAAGGUUACAAUCCCAAAGGACUCGCCAUACUACGAGAGCGACGAGCCGCAAAAGCUUACAGAGGUGAUCAACAAACAUCACGAAAACGUCAAGUACCUCCCUGGUAUCAAACUGCCAUCCAACAUCAUUGCCAACCCCUCGCUCACCGAUGCUGUCCGCGACUCGUCGGUGCUGGUGUUCAACUUGCCACAUGAGUUCCUUGGCAAGGUUUGCGAGCAGCUCAAUGGUCACAUUGUACCAUUCGCCCGAGGGAUAUCUUGCAUCAAGGGCGUGGACGUGUCGGGCUCUGGCAUCAACCUUUUUUGCGAGGUCAUUGGCGAGAAAUUAGGCAUCUACUGUGGUGCACUGUCCGGAGCCAAUGUGGCGUCUCAGAUCGCUGCGGAGGAGGGCGUCAGCGAGACCACAAUCGCUUACGACCCGCCACCCAUUGAUAGCAGCCGCGCGGCUACUCCCCGCGAUCGGUCGCCUAACUACGACUCCACCAGCGCAAACAAGCUUCCUGACUUGACCGUGACGUCGGCCGACUCCAACGGGAAAGACGACAGGGGCCGCAGGACCAAGGCGAAAUUGACGCCUGUACCCGAGUCGUAUCCGCCACUCGACCACGAGACACUGCAAAUUCUUUUCGACCGUCCCUACUUUUCCGUUUCUAUGGUGUCAGACGUGGCUGGCGUGUCGCUCAGCGGUGCCUUGAAAAACAUUGUCGCCCUCGCUGCCGGAUUUGUUGACGGCAAGGGCUGGGGUUCCAAUGUGCAGUCGGCAGUGAUCCGAGUUGGGCUCGCAGAAAUGCUCAAGUUCGCUCGCGAGUUCUUUGGAGAAUCGGUCGAUCCGUUCACGAUUCUGCUCGAGAGUGCCGGCGUGGCUGAUGUCAUCACCUCGUGUAUCAGUGGAAGGAACUUCCGUUGCGCGAGCAUGGCAGUCAAGCGAGGUGUAUCCGUUGCUGAGAUCGAGGAGAAGGAACUCAACGGACAGAAGCUGCAGGGUACAUCCACUGCCAAAGAAGUAAACAGCUUAUUGAAGGCGCGUGGCAGGGAGGGCGACUAUCCCUUGUUCACCACCGUCAACGAAAUCCUCGAUGGCAAGGCGAAUGUGGAUAACCUUCCCAAGCUCGUGAUUCGACAAAAGCACACCAUUGAGAAAUCAGGCAGUAAAUAA